AAGAACAGUACAAAAUCAUUAACAGAAGCCAAAAAUGAAUGAAGAUCACUGGUACUUUUGAUACUGUCCUCCCUUGUUUUUCUGACUGAUAUGGGUGAUGUGAUAACCAGAAAGAAGCCCUAAAAUUAUCUUGAGUAAAAUACUUCCUCUCGACUCCCAUCAUCUCAACUCUACAAACCACUAAAAGAAAUGACCAGUCAACCACCCGAAGAUACUGUGGAGUCCCAGAGCUCAGAUGAGCUUGAGUGCAAGAUCUGUUACAACCGCUAUAACGUGAAACAGAGAAAACCGAAAGUGCUAGAAUGUUGUCACAGGGUAUGUGCCAAAUGCCUUUGCAAGAUCAUAGACUUUGGGGACUCUCCUCAAGGAGUCAUCGUGUGCCCAUUCUGUAGGUUUGAGACUUGUCUGCCAGAUGAUGAGGUUAGUAGUCUUCCCGAUGACAACAACAUCCUCGUGAAUUUGGCUUGUGGGGGAAAGGGGAAGAAGUGCCUCCCAGACAAUCCAACAGAACUGUUGCUGACUCCCAAAAGGUUGGCAUCUCUUGUUAGCCCUUCUCACACUUCCUCCAAUUGCCUGGUUAUAACCAUCAUGGAAGUGCAGAGAGAAAGCCCCCAGACUCUGAACUCGACCCCUGUGGUGGAAUUCUACAGGCCCACAAGCUUUGACUCUGUUGCAACUGUGUCGCAUGAUUGGACAGUGUGGAACUGUACAUCCUUGCUCUUCCAGACCUCCAUUCGAGUGCUAGUUUGGUUGCUAGGUUUGUUGUACUUUAGUUCCUUGCCUUUAGGGAUCUACUUACUGGUAUCUAAGAAAGUCACCCUUGGAGUCGUUUUUGUCAGCCUUGUUCCUUCGAGCCUUGUUAUUCUCAUGGUUUAUGGUUUUUGCCAAUGUGUAUGCCAUGAGUUUUUGGACUGCAUGUCAUCUUAA